AUGGCCAGCAAUUCAAUUCCAGAGUCUUCAAUUUUACGUGUUUUCCUGCCGUGGAGGUGGCCAACCGACAACGUGGCUCGAAAGUCCCUCGACCAAGACACGCGCGAGGUGAUGGCCAGCGACAGCUCCACCAAGGUCUCCACGGGCGCGUUCUCAGUAGAGGAGGACGACAAAGAACCCGCCAUCGACAGCAUAAACAUGGACAACAUAAAUACCGACAAGGAACAAGCGGGAGACGAGGUUGCAGAGACUACCCCGGACGAUGCGAAUAAACCGGAGGAGGCGGUUGAAUAUCCCCAAGGUCUCAGCCUACUCUUCAUCGUUCUCGGCUUGAUUCUCAGCAUUUUCCUCGCCUCGCUGGACAUGACGAUUGUCGCUACCAUGAUUCCCAAAAUUACCGACGACUUCGGCGGCCUUGACAAGGUCUCGUGCCUACAAAUACUUCCUUCUCAAGUCAUCACCUUCCUCCUCGCCUUUUUCGUCUUCGAGGUUGGCAGCCUGGCCUGCGCCGUGGCCCCUAAUUCCACAGCCCUCAUCGUAGGCAGGGACAUUACCGGCCUGGCUGCCUCGGGACUCGGUACUGGUGCCUACACCAUAAUGGCCUUUGUUGCCGAGCCCCAGAAGCGAGCCAUGUUCACCGGCUUUGUGGGCGUUUCCUACGGAAUUGCCUCCGUGGUCGGUCCGCUCAUCGGUGGCGUCUUUGCCGAUAAGGUGUCGUGGCGCUGGUGCUUCUACAUUAACCUGCCUAUUGGUGGCAUCUCGGCGUUUAUUAUCCUAUUUCUUUUCCAUACCCCCAGCAACGCCAAGCCGGUCGAGGCAAGCUGGAGAGAGAAGCUGCUGCAGAUGGACCCCCUUGGGGUUAUCAUGAUAAUGGGUGCCUUUGUCUCAUUCAUCUUCGCCCUCGAAUACGGCAACCAAGCUCAUCCGUGGAACAGCAACGUUGUGAUUGGCUUACUUGUUGGUUGCGCCGCCAUCUUGACCACCAUUACUGCCUGGGAGAUAUUCCAAGGCGACCGGGCCAUGUUGGUCCUCCGCCUCACCAAGCAGCGGUCAAUGGCUGACAGCUGCAUCUUCACCCUCGUCUUUUCAGGUUCCUAUUUCCUUGUCAUCUACUAUCUGCCCAUCUACUUCCAGAGUAUCCACAACGUCAGCCCUUCCAUGUCAGGGGUGUACAACCUCCCGCUCAUCUUGGCUGUCACUGUGUCCAUGGUCUCGUCGGGAAUCUUCAUCAGCUCCACCGGGCUGGCUGUUCCUGUUCAAGUUGUGGGCACCGCGAUUGCCAUUGUCGGCGCCGGUUUGCUCUACACUUUUGAUCUCCAUACGAGCACUGGGAAUUGGAUAGGAUACCAGAUUAGUAGCGCGGAUCCCAAGGACAUUUCCUCGGUCACCGCCAUCGUCUCGUUUUGCAUGAAUGCGGGUGGAACCUGCUUCGUCACGGCAGCGCAGUCAGUCUUUGUCAACAGACUUAGAGUCACCCUGCCCGCUACCGCCCCUGGCGUCGACCCCGCGGCUUUUGUCACAACUGGGGCUACGCAACUCCGAUCGAGAUUCCCGGCCGACAAGAUCCCUGGCAUUCUGUUGGCUUAUGCGGAUGGCAUCAAGAGCGCUCUGAUUAUCCCGAUAGGGGCAACUGGAGUGGCACUGAUAGUCAUCUUAUUCAGCCGGUGGAAGAGGCUCAAAUCUGGGAAUUCGAAGGCCGCCGUGGCUGCUUGAUGCCAAGGAAAUUAGGUUACCCUCUGUAUUACAUUGUGUUUAUAUUUGGCGUGGUUUUAACGAUAGAGUUAUUAGACGGGCCAGGGGAUAAUUAUCUUAGAGUUGGCCCAUUGGACCGACAUACGCACUUAUGCUGUCCCGGAAGGAGGCUGGGGAGCAUUGAGGGAUCAAAAUACUACUGUAUAACGCAAGGUUGCGUAAAAGAUACAUGGAUCCCCAAAAUAGAGGCAAAGUGUGGGGGAUAGGGCUGUCUUCUCUCCGAGUCUGACAUGCACGUUUUCUCCACAGAGAAGCAUGAAUAUGGAGAGUCAAAAACAGGAAGAUAAUCGUUUGGCAAAUGGGAGGUUGCAUUCGCCUAUUUGGUAACUAUUUAGUAAAGGAGAGGCUGAAUUUGUCGGCGCUAUGCAUUUCUCUCAAGCCUUAGAGGUAUCUUAUUGCGCCGAAUGGUCCUCUGGACUGGUC